AACGGCAUGGGCGAAAAAAUGCCAACCGUUAUCGAACUACCUGAAGAGCUCAAGACUCUUACAGACCUCAUACAGAACGAGCCGACAUGCUUUUCUACUGCUGGCAGCACCGCUGUCGGAGCUGCUGCCUUGCGAGCUACGAAAUUUGUCUUUGACCUCUCCCUAUCGUCUGAAGCUGAAUCCAGACCACUCGUUGCUGAAUUUCUAGCAUCUCUUGCGCCGUCAGAAGCGCCUGAAACGCGGUCACAAGCCUCCAAAAAGCGAAAACGCGACCAGAGUCCAUCACCCCCACCGCCCGCUUCAUUCGAGGCAACACCGAUAUCUGCAUUAUAUACAGACGGAAUGGAUGACGAGCAGGUGUGGGCGCAACUCGAUCUGCGAUUGAAGAAUGUGUGUGACAUGCUUGACUUUGCGUUGGAAGCCGAUUCGCCCGACUCUGAAGACGAGCAAGCGAAUGAGGAUGUUGACGAAGGCAUGCUUGAGGAGAUGGCAGCUUUCGAAAAUGGCGACUUCGACGUGGAAGACUCUGAAGAGGAUUCCGACUUGGAGUCAGAAGAACAAAGUUCAGAAGGAGAGGCUGACUUGGGAGAAGGCAUUGCCUCUCUUAGAGACCCUUCUUCUGACGAAGAGCUUGAACAGUCACGUCCCAAACGCCGCAAAAAAGCAUCAUCAGAGCUCGAUGAUGACUUUUUCGAUCUUGCAACAUUCAACGCAGAAACUGAGGAGGCAGAGGCUAGGACAGUGUCGAAAGGCGGCCUCGGCGUCGAAGACUCCGAUGACGAUGAACUUAUUGAUCUUUUUGCACCCGUGGAUCAAGAGAAUUUCGACGAGGAGGACGAGGAAAACGCUGGUUCUCUCUUCUACAAGGACUUCUUCGAGCCGCCUCGAACCACACAGAAACCGCCAGCAUCUCCAAAAAAGGCUGGUUCUGUACGUUUUCACGAUGAAGUUCGCGUCAAAACCAUCAAACCUCAAGGCAAAAACUUGCCUCUAAAUUCUCUCGAGCUUGAAGGAGAAGAAGGGGAUGACGACGAAGAGGACGACGACGAUCUCGGUGAAGAGAGCGGUCAAGAGGGAGAGGACCAGGAGAGUGAUAGCGAGAGUGAAAGUGAAGAGAGAUUGGAGAGUGAUGAGGAUUCUGAAGAAGAGAGUGUCGAACGGCUCAAAAACGACCUUUUCGCGGAAGAAAAUGAUGAGCCACCGCCCUCAGAUCUCUCAACUCAUGAACGACGUCUGGCUGAACUUCGUGAACAGAUCUCAAGUUUUGAGGCUGAAAACGUCGGCCCUAAAGACUGGGUUGUCAUGGGCGAAGCAGGUGCUCGGUCCCGACCACAGAACUCGCUUCUCGAGGAAGAUCUCGAAUAUGAGCGCGUUAUGAAAGCUGUUCCCGUCGUCACGGAAGAAAAGGUUCAGGCAUUAGAGGACAAAAUCAAAGCACGAAUCUUAGAGGGCCGUUUCGACGAUGUUGUGCGCAUUCGGCCAAUGGACGACAAACCAUUUUUACCGUCUCGCUUCUUCGAGUUGCAAGAUACCAAAUCCACUCAAUCACUGGCUCAGAUUUACGAGGCGGACUAUGUCGCUGCUCAAACCGGCACUUCUGUUGACGACCGCGAUGGAAAACUCAAGAAAGAACACGCAGAGAUCGAAAACCUCUGGGAGAGCAUAUCCGCAAAGCUAGAUGCCCUUUGCAACGCCCAUUUCGUUCCGAAGCAGCCCAAGGCAACGAUAACAUCCAUUGCCAAUGUGUCUACAGCGACGAUGGAGUCGGCUCUUCCAACAACCAAGUCUGUGACCUCGAUGCUGGCUCCAGAAGAAGUAUUCGCGACUUCAUCAUCGGACCUUCGUGCACGGGACGAGCUCACUCCCCAGGAAAAGAAGGCGCUGCAUAACAAGCAGAAGAAGUUGAGAAAGAAGAGUCGCGACAAGUUGGAACAGAGUGUUGACAAAUACGCCAAGAAGGUUAAGGGCGUCAAAAAACAAAAACAGGCGGCAUUGGCGAGCGUUGUGAAGAGUGGCAAAGGAGUGACUGUCGUCGGCAAGCCUCAGAAGGGUUCGGGAAAGAAUGUGAAGAAGGGAAAGUCGUGA